CCACUUAUAAAUUUCAAAACCUAAAACAAAGCGAAAAAGAAGAGAAAAUGAGAACUCAAAAUCUCCUCUUCUAUCUACUUCUCUUCUUCUGCACUACAGCAACAUCACAAACAACGAUCCAACCAGGCACCACUCUAUCAGCUUCCAACCCAAACAAGACCUGGUCAUCACCAAACGACACAUUCUACAUUGGAUUUUCCCAAGUGGGCUUAUCUUCUUAUUACACGUUAACCAUCAACUACAAUGGUGGGGUCCCAAUUUGGACAGCAGGCAAUGCCACCACCACAGUUGACUCAAAGGGUUCCUUUCAGUUCCUGUCCUCCGGCAACCUCCGCCUCCUUAACGGCUCUGGCGCCAUCGUUUGGGACUCUAACACUGCUCGACUUGGUGUCACCACUGCUUCACUUGAUGAUUUUGGUAAUUUAGUGUUAAAGAAUGAAACUAUUUUCGUUUGGUCUUCAUUUGAUAACCCAACUGAUACGAUAGUGCCUAAUCAGAGUUUUACUGUGAAUCAAGUUUUAAGAUCUGGGUCUUAUUCUUUUAGGUUUCUUAGUACUGGAAAUCUCACUUUGAGAUGGAAUGAUAAUAUAGUAUAUUGGAAUAAAGGGUUGAACUCUUCUGUUGAUGCUAAUUUAACUUCACCUGCUUUGGGGUUGCAACCAAAUGGGAUUUUGACAAUUUUUGAUGUUGCUUUUACAAGUGGGUCGUAUAUUGUGGCAUAUAGUAAUGAUUAUGCUGAAGGGAGCACAAGGUUGAGGUUUCUGAGGUUAGAAAAAGAUGGGAACUUUAGGAUGUAUAGCACUGAUAUAGGUAGCGGAACUGCAACUAUGGUAUGGUCUGCUUUGACUGAUCAAUGUGAGAUUUUUGGUUAUUGUGGGAAUAUGGGGAUUUGUAGUUAUAAUGAGUUGAGUUCGAGUUUGAGUCCGACUUGUGGUUGUCCAUCUGAGAAUUUUGAGCCUGUUGAUGUGAAUGAUAGUAGACAAGGGUGUAAAAGAAAAGUUGAGAUUGAGAGUUGUGUGGGGAGUGCGACCAUGUUGGUGUUAGAUAAUGUGAAAUUCCUGACUUAUCUGCCUGAGACAGUAUCUCAGGCUUUCUUCGUGGGGAUAUCAGCUUGUAGGUUGAAUUGUCUUUCUCAAAGUUCUUGUAUUGCUUCAACAUCGUUAUCAGAUGGAACUGGCUUGUGUUACCUGAAAAAUCAAGGUUUUAUUAGUGGAUAUCAGAAUCCAGUGCUUCCCAGUACUUCAUAUGUGAAAAUUUGUGGGCCAGCGCAACCUAACCCACCACCUGGUGUGCAGAUUGCAGGGAAGAGAAAAAGUUCGAGAUUACGUGUCUGGGUUGUUCUUGUUGUUGUUGUGAUUACCCUUUUGGGUCUGAUUACUGUGGAGGGUGGUCUGUGGUGGUGGUGUUGUAGAAACAGUCCCAAGUUUGGCAGUUUGUCAGCUCAGUAUGCACUACUGGAGUAUGCAUCCGGUGCUCCAGUGCAGUUCUCAUAUAAGGAGCUGCAGCAUUCAACAAAAGAGUUUAAAGAGAAGCUUGGAGCAGGAGGGUUUGGAGCUGUUUACAAAGGGGUUCUAGAUAAUAGAACAGUUGUUGCAGUGAAGCAACUUGAGGGAAUUGAACAGGGUGAGAAACAGUUCAGGAUGGAGGUUGCAACUAUUAGCAGCACUCACCAUUUGAAUUUGAUCAGAUUGAUUGGUUUUUGCUCUGAGGGUCGUCAUAGGCUGUUGGUUUAUGAUUUUAUGAAAAACGGGUCUCUUGAUAAUUUCCUUUUCACUUCAGAAGAGCAGUCAGGAAAAUUUUUGAAUUGGGAGCAGAGGUUUAACAUUGCCCUUGGAACUGCAAGAGGAAUCACAUAUCUUCAUGAGGAAUGUCGAGACUGCAUUGUUCACUGUGACAUCAAGCCGGAAAACAUUCUCUUGGAUGAGAACUACAAUGCCAAGGUGUCUGACUUUGGUCUUGCAAAGCUUAUAAAUCCCGAGGAUCACAGAUAUAGGACACUGGUCAGUGUUAGAGGGACAAGAGGAUAUUUGGCACCGGAGUGGAUUGCAAAUCUUCCAAUAACUUCCAAAUCUGAUAUCUACAGUUAUGGGAUGGUUUUGUUGGAGAUAGUGAGUGGCAGAAGGAACUAUGAAGUCUCAUCACAGACAAACCGUAAAAAGUUCUCUGUCUGGGCUUGCGAAGAGUUUGAGAAGGGUGAUGUUAAUGCAAUUUUGGACCAAAGGCUUACACACCAAGAUUUGGAUCUGGAUCAAGUGACAAGGGCUAUUCAAGUGAGCUUUUGGUGCAUCCAGGAGCAACCAUCUCAAAGGCCAACGAUGGGGAAAGUGGUGCAGAUGCUGGAAGGAAUUUCUGAGAUUGAGAGACCACCAGCUCCAAAGACAAUAAAAGAAGGUUCUUUUGGUGGAAGUAAUGCAAGUGCGAGUAGCAAUGUCAGUGCUCUCUCGACUUUCGAGGUUUUAGCACCCGCUCUCUCAUCUUCCUCAUCAUAUCAGACUAUAGGAAUUUCACCUUUAGCUUCAGUAAGAAAUAUAGAGAGGACUUCAUCACCACUGCAUUCAGACUCAAACUGAAGCUCAUCUUCACACGGUCCUUUUGCCUACAAUACUGAGGAACUUGUAUGCACAUGUUUUUGACAAAAUACUAUACAAUGUUAUGAUAGACAUAGAACCUUAUAAAAAUUAUUUUUAACUGCAGUAUAUAGAUUUAUCAAGAAUGACCAUGUUUAUAUAAACCAGUUCAUUCAAGAAAGGUGUAAUUACUAUCCUCGCAUGUAAAUGCUAUAUCAAGGUCCAAUAAACUGGAUAUUAUUAUGCUUUUGCA